UCAUCAUAAGGAAAAGCUUAUAACCAGUCAACUUUCUGUGCCUUUAUCAAAGCUGAAAAAACUACACGCUUACCAAAAUGAUCAUGCUCAUUCCCAUAAAAAUUCCCAAUACUCUUUUGUUUAUUUCGUCGUUACUAUACAUCUCGAUCGGGCUAAGCCUUGGAGCUAACCCCGUUUACCUCUACCACUCCUGUCCAAACACCACCACUUUCGCCCCAAACAGCAUUUAUCAAACUAAUCUCAACAACCUUCUCUCCUCCCUUUCAUCGAAUGCCACCAGCGAAUUCCAUAACACCAGCGCCGGUGAAGGAUCCCCCUCCCCUGUAUACGGCCACUUCCUCUGCCGUGGAGAUGUCAACACCACUGCAUGCCGAGACUGCGUAACGUUCGCCGUCAAAGACAUCCUCAAGCGGUGUCCUGUUGAGAAAGAGACUGUGAUAUGGUACGACGAGUGCCAAUUGCGCUACUCCAACCGGCCGUUCUUCGGCACCGUAUACACACGUCCUGGAUUAUAUCUUCUGAAUAGCGGUAAUAUUACUGACCAGAACCGGUUCAAUCGGCUAGUCAACGAGACCACCAAGGCGGCGGCAGCUGAGGCUGCAAAAGGCUUGGCAGGGGACAAGAAAUUCGCAACUAAAGAUAACAAUUUCAACGGGUUCCAAAGGCUAUACACCCUUGCGCAGUGUACACCGGACCUGAACGCGUCAGGUUGCAGCACAUGUCUCACCGAUGCCAUCGGAAGUCUUCCCAUAUGCUGCUCUGGAAAGCUUGGGGGAAGAGUUCUGUUUCCUAGCUGUAAUGUUAGGUACGAGGUCUAUCCCUUUUACAAUCAAAAUUCAACAACCCCCUUACCGCCACCAACAGCACAACCUACACCGGCUCCUCCAAGUUUCACAUCGAGCUCAAAUGGACAAGGGAAAAUCUCAGCCCGAACGAUCAUUGCCAUUGUGGUUCCAAUUGUUGUUGCUAUACUCCUAGUCAUAUUAGGAUUCUGUUUCAUAACAAAGAGAGCAAAAAAGUACACUUUGGCUAAGAGGGUUGACGAUAUUACUACCCCUGAGUCCUUACAGUUUGACUUGGCUACAAUUGAAGCUGCCACAAACAAGUUCUCAGCUGAUUAUAAGUUAGGUGAAGGCGGAUUUGGUGAGGUUUACAAGGGCACACUUUCAAAUGGACAACAAAUAGCUGUGAAGAGGCUAUCAAAAGGUUCUGGACAAGGUGCAAUAGAAUUUAAGAAUGAAGUUGUAGUAUUAGCUAAGCUUGAACAUAGAAACCUUGUGAGAUUAUUGGGAUUUUGCUUGGAAGGAGAAGAGAAGUUGCUUGUCUAUGAAUUUCUUGCCAACAAAAGCCUUGACACUUUUCUAUUUGACACCGAGAGACAAGGACAGUUAACCUGGGAGAUACGUUACAAGAUUAUAGGAGGGAUUGCUCGAGGCAUUUUAUAUCUCCACGAAGAUUCUCAGCUUAGAAUUAUACAUCGUGAUCUCAAGGCUAGUAAUAUUUUAUUAGAUGCCAAUAUGAACUCAAAGAUAUCUGACUUUGGAAUGGCUAGAAUGUUUGAUGUUGAUCAAACUCGAGGAAAUACAAAUAGAAUUGUUGGCACAUAUGGUUACAUGUCUCCAGAGUAUGCAAUGCACGGACAAUUUUCCCUCAAGUCUGAUGUGUAUAGUUUUGGCGUCUUAGUACUUGAGAUUAUCAGUGGUAAAAGAAACAGUAGUUUUUAUGAAUCGGAUUAUGCUGAGGACCUCCUGAGCUAUGCUUGGAAACUUUGGAAAGAUGGAAAUCCAUUAAAAUUACUGGAUCCAACACUGGUACAAUCUUAUUCAGAGAACGAGGUUUUGAGAUGCAUCAAUAUUGGGCUACUGUGUGUUCAAGAAGAUCCAGAGGAUAGACCAACAAUGAAGACAAUAGUUCUUAUGUUUAAUAGUUACUCAAUCACUCUGGGAGUACCAAAACAGCCUGCAUUUUACAAUAGAACAGAUGUGGAUAUGCCUUCCAUGGGACUAAAGUUGGAUGAUUCAACAAGUGUUGGGUUUCCAGUUUCAAUCAAUGAAGCAUCAAUCACCGAAUUAUACCCUCGAUGAUUAGUAUAUUUAAGUUAUUAAAUAUUAUACAAAAUGUAUGCUCAUCCUUUAUAUUUUACCUUCUAAAUAUGUAACUUUAUUAGUUGCUUAGGUAAUGUUAAGUCAUGGACGGCUAGAAGGCUUCAAAAAAAUAUUGUCUUGGUUUCAAAUCCAUCUAUAUAAUAUUAAGUAAUAA